UUAUAAUUUUAUGGAAUAAAACAAAAGUUAGGGUUGCCAUACUAUGAGGGCAGUUCAUCCAUGAGAAAAACUUAAUAAAAUCUGUUUUAAGAUCUUCAAUUCUCUCUUAAUUUGUUAUUCAGAGCUUAGAUUUGAAGGUUCAAUGAUAAAAAUCAUUUAUUUAUUCUAUUCAACCUGUUAUUUUAGGAUGGAGGCAUUUUACAAACAUGAUGGGGGCAUACAAAAACACUUUAUUAUUCCACUAUAUAAUCAUUAUUAAACCACUACAAAAGCUGAAAUAUGUUUAUUAUCUAAAAUUCAUUUGAGUAAGAAACAAAAACCAUCCUAGUUUUUGUUUUAAGCUUCUUUACGUAUAAUAUUUAAAAGUCGAAAUAUUACAUCAAAAUGUAUCAAAACCUUGUAUGAUUUUUAAAUUUUUUUUGAGUUUGUAAAUUCAUAAAAUUCUUUCUUGCCUUAUGUUCUAUGCGUAUCACCCUUAAAAUGCAUUGGUCAGAUAAGCUGUCUAGUCAGCCAUUUCAUCAAACAGCUGUAGGGUCAUUUAACCCGAUAGGCUCAUUUAGGAAACCUUUCCCCUACUCAUACUUGUUUCAUGAGAUUAUUGGUUAUUUAAAGCUUUGAAACGAAAAACGAAAGCAGCCAUCUUGGAUAAAAAAUGGCGUCAAGCAACACAUUUUUUCUUCUUCCAGUUGGACCCUAUCACUGUUUCGACAUCUCGAUCGAGAGCUGCCACUAAAUUUAAUUAUGAUUAUAAAAUCAUGCACUAUGUGCCUUUAUAAAAACAUGAAUUAAAAAGCUUGGAGCAUAUUUCUUAACUUAUGUUUUAUUGCAGUUUUAAAAGAGCAUACAGAACUCUUCCAAAAGUACUUAAACAGUAUAUUAAAUAGAAGAUUUAUUAUCAUUUUCAGAACUACCUUAACAUUAAUGGUUGAAUCUAGAAUCUAAGCAUUUCCUAACAGUUAUAAAACUAGCUGCAUAUAAAAUGUCACAAUAAAACCUUAAUAAACCUUUCAAAUACUAGUUGGUUUAAUCUGUGUUACUUGGAAAGGAACGUGGACGAUGCACACCAUCUCAACUUCUCCACGCCGUUCGUGCUCAGGAAGAAAUAUGUCGCAUAUCACUUCCUGAGAACGAAACGAGACGGUGUGAAAAACGGCUAUUGAAACCAAGUUUUUCAUCAAUCGGGUAAGUUUAGUGAAGAAUUCAGUGUACUCCAAUGUUCAAGAGACUAAUAAUUAAUCAUUAAAAUUACAACCUCGAAAUGUGAUAAUUUGAUAAUAUUCUUCAUAAUAUGAAGUUUUUCAAAUAGCGUAUUAUAUAACGUUUCAAAUAAACCAGAUCUAUGGCUUAAGUCGUAAUUUUUCCACAGAAGGACUUUCGUAAAAAAAUCACGACCUCUCCCAAUGGAAAUGAUAACCGCAACUCAUUAACUCUAUCAUGAUUUUUCUUUCUUUUAUUUUCAUUCCUUCCUCACGUACAACCAAUCGCUCACGGGAUUAAACACGCCCAGGGCACGUGAAUGGCGUAAACGUGAUAGGGCUCACCCUGCAGGGUCCAUCCGUGCCCGGGUUGGCCGUCUUGAAACCACCCGCCAUCACCGGAGCCGUCUCAAUGCAGCAAGGUGACUUUAUCAAUGUGCCGCAGCUGAACUCCCUCCAGCCCCGGCAGCCGACGACCGGAAAUGUGGAUUUAUUGCUCCCAUUACAGCCAAAGCUGCUGGUUCCGCUUGUGGAACGUCGAGAUUCGAACCGACUGCCGAUGCCCCCAAUCGUGGGCGGAAUUGGGGCCACUGCAACGAUGAUGGCAUCGACGGCCACCUCCACGGCAACCCUUAUGACGACGACAACCGGAAAUGGAAUCGGCUGCGGCUCCUCAUCAAACGGAACCGGAUGUGGCGCGGUCAAUUGUACCGGUGGCAGUGGUGGAUCAGUUGCGCCAGUUGCUACCACGAAUGUUGGGACAGCUGGAGCUGGACUUCUGGCAGGGGAGAUUCCGUUGGAACCAAAAGUUACACUGCAUAAUGACUCCUGUUCCCAGUCAUCUAAUGAUAUCGAUGAGGUGGACUCUAUGGAUGGGGAAGAAGUUUAACGAUUUUAAAGGGAUCGAGUGCAGGGCAGUCGAUCUCGAUAGAAAGUUUUUUGGGUUUGAAAUGAAUUCUACUGAUUUGAAUUUUUGAACAAGCACAAACCCUGCAGUCUAGAAAGCUUUGUUUUGAUUCGAAACUCAUUAAUAAUUUUUUGGAGAAUUUUUUGAUAACGUUUACAUGAAAAAAUUUGAAUUUUGAGCUUUAAAUGGGAGAAACUUUUAAAACUUCUGUUAACUUGCUCUUAAAUUUCUUUUGUCAGCACAAACUCAAUCAGUGAAAAUUCAUUCCAAUCCUAAAUCCAUUGACCAUUGUAAGAAAGGACAUUCAAUCAACCAGCGAAGAUAACUAAAUCAAUUCCAUAAUACUUUUUGUCAUACAAAACCUAGUUUAAAAGUCAAAUGCUAGAAAAAGUUUCACAGCAUAUGAAGAUGAAGCAGAAAAAAACACCGUAAAAGAAAGUUUAUCUCCAAUCCUCUGUGUGGAUCGAAGAAAGUCGGGAGCUAGAGUUUUUUGUACUUCCUCCAAGCCAAAGUAAAAUUAAUCGAAUCGAAAACUUAGUGUCAAAGCAGAUGAAGAAAAAAAUAACGUAACGAAGCCGGAAAACAUUGAUGCCAUUUUUUGUUGUUACUCAACACAGUACAUUUAAGCUUCUAUGAGAGCCCAACCGGAGUGAAUCACAACAAAGGAAAACGAAAAGUAGAAAAACAUAGGCCAAAAAAGCACAAGUGAUGAUGGAAAAUAUGCUUUAAUCAUGAACUACGAUGGAAGGAAAAACAUAGCAAAAAAUACGAAAAUAUAGAUUGAAAAAAGUCAGAGCUCGAUACAAUCGAGGAAGAUGAUCGAAAAGUUCAGACAAGCUGAGCAGACAGGGGAAAAGUUUCCCGAUAUUUUUUUGUUUGCUAGAUACUUAGCUGAGAGCAAAACGAAACAAAAAGUAAAUCUAAACGUAUAUUAAUAUAUAGACAAACUUAUUAUUACUGACAGAAUAAAAAAAAAGGUGGAAAUAAGUGAACUUACCCGUGGCAGCCACGGGGAAAUAUUUUAAAACUGAUUUCAAAUCUCUACACCGUUUAAGAGAAUCAAAUGAUGUUAAUCGAUAUGAGGUGGAGAUGUGCAUUCAGAUAUGUUUAUGUGUACGUAGUUAUGAAUCAUAAUGGAAACAAAUUUUAUAAUCGAGACAACAACAAAAAACCAAGAAAACAAAUAGGUACAACAGA